CAUCGAUGUCUGUAUGUUCUCUAUCCUCAGCACACCGAGAUGACCACCCUCAUAGAAAUCCCAGACUGCUCAGUCUUCCACCUCCCCACCCCCGCCUCAGACCUCCUCCCGCUCUCCAGCGGCACCCUCACCCUCGUCCUCCUCCCCGCCAAUCCCCCCACCCAGAAGACAGAGACACUCACACUCACCGUCGGAGCGUCCUCAUUCCCUCUGUCCCCCAAACUCCCCGUGCAAAAACUGAGAUCCAAGGACGAGCACCCCUGGUAUUCAUUCAGCCCAGCACCGCCUGCGCCUGACGGCAGCAAGCCUGUAGGCCAGGUGAGGAUUACUACAGAGCACAGUACAAGCCCUGAACAGUGGGAAGCGACAGAAGCUUCACUCCGAUCAUUCGAGGCGCAUCUUCGAACCCACAAUGUCUGGGAUGAGAGAACGCUCUUUGUAGAUGAUGAGUGGGAAACUGGAGGAGAGGCCAAGGCAGGUUGGGGCGAGUCUUUCGCUCAGACUAUAAUCGGCGCAGGACACUCUUUGGCCAGUAGGAUCCAUGGAUACACUGAUCGACAUAUCGCGAGUACCGACCCCGAGCAACCCGCCCCGCCUUCGGAAACCACCGCCAACGCCGCCCGCUCCGCCAAAGAAACCACCGACACACUCUCCACCAAAGCCGAAGCUGCUUCCACCGUGAUUGGCAACACCGUCCACGCUGGUGGUUCCGCUGCCGCUUCGUACCUCCCCGAUAGUGUCAGACCUGGUGAUCAACCCGUCGAGGAAGAGGAGAAAUCGGAUUUUAGGAAAAUGGCAGAAGAAGGAUGGGAGCAAGUUGGCUUCGCGGCGAAAGGUGUGGUGGAGGCGGCGAGCACGGUGGGUGGAGCUAUCAGUGGGAACUCUCAUAAAGCGGUAGAGCACAACUUUGGCAAAGAGGCAGAAGGUGUCGCUCAAGAUAUCGGUCAAUCGGGCGCCAAUGUUGGGUCAUCCGCCGCCUCUGCCUUCAAGGGGACUAGUAUCGCUGUUCAAGGUACCAAUGUGGGUAGCGGAAUCGCAACUGGUGGGAAACCCACGGAGCCCGAGGCAUGAGUACGGAUUUAAAGAAGCUAGGCAGUAACCUUUCUCAGAGCUGUAUCUAUCAGAUGAAAAGAGUUGUGUACGU